UGUGUACACACACAUACACGUACAGGAUGGAACAAUCACAAACAGUGUUUUCAAUAAAUAACUAAUAGUAAUAACAAAUAAACAAUGAUAUAUAGGUAAAAGUGAAAAUAUAAACCGCAAUACUUAGGAGCUUUAAAUUAAAUUAAAUAAACUCUAUUUGAAAUGGAGUGGGUCAGACCAAUUGUAAAGUGCUUGGUAAAAGGCUGCUCUAGCCAUGAGCAAACGUUUUUUGUCCACAGAGGAAAUCGCCAGCAAUGGUUCGAGAAUCUUAGAAUAAGUGGAGCACCGACGCGAGCUAAGGUGUGCGUGAAGCACUUCCGAGAUGAAUGCUUUGUGAAUGGAAAGCUACGGAUAGGAAGUCUUCCAACUGAAAACUUGGGUUACGAACCAUUGCAUACACCUGUGUUUAGCAGAUGGCAAAAGCGAUAUCGACCCCGCGAAAAACCCGAAAUAAAAAUAGAUGGUGACAGUAGAGUGAAGAAUGCAGAACCCUUGUCCGAAAGCUCAAACACUGAAAGUCCGUUAUCCGCUGAGAGCUUGGCACUAUUGGAACAAGCCGCAGAUGCAGAAUUUGAGAAGUAUAUCGUGGAAGACGAAAUGUCCGAAAGCGGGGAGCCAGCCACACAUUCCGAAAGCAAUGAAAAUGAUGGAUAUAUCAUUGAAGAUCAGCUGUCCGAUAGUAUGGAAGCAGAUACGCCUUCGCAAUCCGAAUCAUCAUUAGUUUUGUAUCUGCAACAGAGGAACAAUGAACUGCAAGCAGAAGCUGAAUGCCUACGCGUAGAAAAUACCCAAUUAAGAAUGGAGAACUUGUCUUUAAAGAAAAGCUUUGAGAUCCAUAAAUGUUUCUUCGAAUGAUAGAAUUAGUUAGGUACAAGACGCUGCUCACCAGCCACCACCUCAUAACAUGAAAAGUUUUACUCAUCAUCAAAUCGCUUCUUAUCCUGGCCAACCAGAUCCUCCAUUGCCUCAAAUAACGUCGAUGAUUCGUCGACCGAAAAAUUUUCAUUGCAAUACAUAAUUUCGUUAAGAUAACUUUAAUAUGUAUUAUAGUAUUAUGUAUAUAUAAAAAAUAUAUUUCUAUAC